AUGAAUAAUGAUUUUCGUGAAGUGAAUCUAAAUUAACAGGAAGAAUAAUAAAUGUAUAUAGAAACCCCUAUUUAUAAAGAGGCAGUGUGUCAUUUUAGGACCACUUAAUAUUAUUAUAUCUCAUACAACGCUUUGAAAAUUGGAUGUGGAUUUGCAUUACUGUAUAUGAAUCACGAAUAAAACCAAAUGAAUUAUUGGAUUCUUGCGAUAAUGUUCCAUGCAUUUCUUAUGAUCAUUGUCCAGAGGAAUCACUUAAAAUAUUUGAAUGUGAAUAAGAGAAUAUUGGCAUUCAAACUAGAUCAAAUUGUACCUGCUGAAAAUGUAGAGUAAGUAAUUGAAUAAAGGAAAUUAAAUAUAUUAUCGAGAUAAAUAAAACUAGAAGUAGCGAAGUUGACAAUCUUUGGCAAGUGGUGUUGCCGAAUAAUAGCAAUCAUAUACUAACUUAUAUUUGGUUAUGGUGUAUACUUAUUUUGUAUAUAUUACAGUAUGAAGUCAGAGGAGUUAAUGUAUUAAUAUUGCUUUUUAUGUGCAAUCCUUGUAAUCUCACUCUAUCAAUAUAUUGAUCUUUACUUGAUAUUGGUCUUGGCAAUCCUAGGUUCCCCAUUCCUCAUUAUCCUCAGUUGUUAUUACUGUGCCAAUUUAUUUAGCAAGGAGCAACAAAGAAACGAAAUCAGAACUCGACUGUAACCAAUCAAAUACAAACCAAAUCUAAUCGAAGGAGAACAAGAAUGCUGUAUUUGCAGAUGUCCAUAUGAAUUAAACGAGGAGGUGGUUGUUCUGAAAUGUUCCCAACUGCAUCAUUACCAUGAAGGCUGCAUUAUGUCUUGGAUCAACAUCAACAAUACAUGUCCAUUCUGUCGGAAGUCUAUCUGAUUAAUUCAUUUUUUAUAAAUAGAACAUU